AGCUGCAGGAGGUAAUAUGAAUAUUUAAUUUAGAACAAGGUAAGAAAUGGACAGCAAGGAGUAAAACAAAUAAUGAAGCUUAAUCUUUAACAGGUGAAAAUUCUAAAUGUUGUCCUAUAGUAGCUUCUACAAAGAAGUUUAUGAUUGAGCAUUCUUCUCUUAAAUUAAACAAAUCAAAAGCUGUGAAAAAAACUAAAAAUUGUAAGAAAACUUCCAAGGUUACUUUUGCCAAAUCAAGUACUGUUACAACAAAUUUUCUUGAAUAUUCUGAGUUGCUUGAUACAAAUACAAAUAAUCAUGUUGAUAAAAUUCAAAAUGAUAAUGUGAAUGUAUCUUCAGACCUGAGUAGUUUAGAAAACUCUUUUGUAAAUAUUAAUUUGAAGUCAGUUGGGCAAGCUCUAAGAAAUAGAACAUCUCAAGUUCUAUUAUGCAGCAACGAUGGAUGUAAAAAGAACUGUUGUUUUUAUUGUGUAGUAAAACGCAUAGAGGAAAAUGAUUCUAAUCAACGUGUCUUGUACACAAAAUUACCUGAACACUACGUAUCAAAGCAUUCAAAUGAGAGAGUAGUGAUAAAACUUAAAAGACUGAAAAAAAAGUUAGCUAUUCAUAAAGAAAAUCCUUAUACUGCUUCAAAAGAACAGCAACAAGGAUGGAUGAAAAAGCGAAAAAAAAUUCUGGACUUGUUGAGAAUAAAAGCAAAUCAUUUAAAUAAUUUAAAUGCAGAGGAUGGUAGUCAAUAUGUGGUUCGCCGUAGACCAAAGGUAGAAGGCAAAUUAUUGUCUAAUUAUCUUCCAUGUUACAAUUGUACCCAAGUAUUUUCUGUAAGUUCUCUACGUAAACAUACACAAAAAUGCACUGGACUCUCAUUCAAAAAAAAACAUGUUAUAAAGUCAAAAGGAAGAGAAACUAAUGGUGCUUACCAUGAGUUAGCCAAUGAAUCUGCUAUUAAAAUUAUAUCUAAAAUGAGGGAAACUCAAGCAGUUGAACAAGUAAGGUUUGAUGCAGCUUUUUUUAUGUGGCUCAAUGCAGAAGCUAAUAGAACUGAAGUAAAAAAACACAUUCAUCCUAAAGUUAGAGCUAAUAUAAGCAGAUUAGGCACAUUAAUGAUGGAAAUAAAAAAAAUCAAUGAAAAUAUAACAGAGCUUAGCGAUAUAUUCAAUGAAGAACAUUAUAAUGAUUUUAUUGCAGUUGUUAAGAUUAUGGGGAAGCCACAUCCAGAUACUGCUUUCAUGCAGUCACCAGCUACAGCAAAUGAUAUGUUCAAUUUAAUAAAUCAUGUAUGUGAAAUCUAUGAAGUUAACCUUGGUCCAAAGAAUGAAAAAGAAAGAUUGACAGUUCAAGCUUUUCAACGUAAAUUAAAGAAAAUGUGGCAAUAUGAUAUAGGCAGUACCAUUUUGGAAACCCAAGCCAGAAUACGAAGAAACAAAGUCAUUGCCUUACCUAUGCAAUCUGAUACUGCUAGUUUAUACAAACAUUUGCAAGAGGAAAUGAGAACUGCAGAUUAUGAAUUAAAAAACAAAUACUCUGACCAAGCAUAUGAACGAUUGAGAAAUGCUACUCUUUGUUAUUUGCAAGCAACUAAUGGUAGGCGACCUGGGGAGACAGAGCGAAUGGAAAUUGUGGACUAUCAACAUAUGCAAAGUGAUAAAAAGGAGUGCUUGAUAAUUAUACGUGGAAAAAGAAGCAGAGGUGUUCCUGUUGUUUUUGAUAUAAAUAUCAAAGAAUAUUUAAAUACAUUAGUAUCGUGUAGAAAAAGAGCAAAGAUAUCAGAAAUAAAUCCAUAUAUAUUUGCCACUAUCCAUGAUGUAGCAUCGGAAGAUUUUGGAUAUGUAUCAGCAUGCACUUUGAUGAACAAAUUUUCUGAGAGCUGCAAAGCAGAAAAUCCUGAAACUCUGAGAGGCACUCGUAUUCGUAUGAAAAUUGCAACAGAUGGUAUGGAAAAAGGAAUUCCAGAACCUGAAGUGCAAAAAUUGUGUGAAUACUUGGGUCAUACGCCAAAUAUACAUAAACAAAACUAUAGGCAGAGUGUUUUUAACACAGACAUAGCUAUAUCAAGACAAAUAAGAGAAGCUCAAGGUCUUAAAAUUGAUAAAAGUGCUACUUGUGAUAAAAACGUUGAUCUGACUUAUCAAAAAAAUCUUUCUUCCUUUAAUGAAAAUACUAUUGAUUCUUCAAGUGCUGACAUGAAUUUUGCAGAUUCUAUUGAUUCUUUAAGUAUUGAAACGAAUGUUGAAGAUCCUAUUGAAGAUCACAGCAGAGGCCAUGGCAAUACUAAUGAUAAAUCAAUUUCAGAAGCAUCUCGACCUGCACGAUUAGCUUGGAGGCAGAAACAAAUAGAUGUCCUCUUAGCGGCUUUUCCAAAUGCAUUGGAUUUGAAAUAUAAAGUUCCAUCUGUUAAAGACAUUAACACAUUUAUAAGCAAGACUAAAGAUCCAAUAUUAAAAAUGAGAUCUCAAGGCCAAAUAAGGUCUUGGAUGCAUCUUAAAAGAAAUGAAAAAAAAACUGAAUCAGAUUUGCCAGAAAGAGAUCAUAUACCGAGUUACAUUUACAGUUACUUUGCAAAGUACAUUGAUGCAAACAAAGUUCCUUCACACAAAAAAUGUGGAAUAUUCUUAGCCAGGUCUCCAUCUAAAUCCAAUAUUACCACAGCUAAUAUACAAAAUUGGGUGAGUUUAGCUAUCAGAAAGAAAACAAAUGUUAAAAAUAAAUAAAAACUCUAACUUGAUAUUUUUCUUUAAAUAUUAAAAAAAAAAUUUCUUUAAAAAAUUGCUUUAAAGUUUCGUUUUUCUUAUAUUUAAUUAUAUAUUUUUAUUUAUUAUUCCUUUAACUAGUGAGUUUCACUUUUUUAUCUAAUGCUUUUAGAUACAAUAUUUAUUAAAAUAGUAGCAACAUCUUAAGUCAUUGUAAACUUUACAUUAGAUAUAGUAAUUUAUUAUAUCUUUUAAGUUGUGAUAUUUAAAGAAUAUAAGUUACUUAUAGUUUUAUCUCUAUUCAUUAUAAAAUAUUCUCUGGUAACCGUAGUUCAUUACAAGUGUAUUAUGAAAACUUUAUGUUUGAAAAUUUAUCACUAUUGUAUGGUUUUAUAUCAAAGUUGUUUAUUAUAAGCCUGUAGAUCAAUAAAGUUUCAAGAACAAUUGCUUUUUAAUCUAUUCUUCACACAAAUCCCUUUAAAUAAAUUAAGUUGGAAAAAACAUCAGACGCUUAAAUAAUUAGUGAAG